AUGUCCCGAGCUCAAAGACGGCUGAAUGGUAUCCUGAUUGUAGCUGUGAUCGUCCUGACGAUAGUUUCCGUGGAUGCGCUGGGAAAGUCUAGAAGCAGCAGUAGUAGUAGUGGUAGCUCUCGCUCAAGCUCCGGUUCAAGUUUAAGUUCCCGUUCCAGUUCCAGUUCCAGUUCCAGUUCAAGUUCAAAAUCCGGCGGAUGGUUCUCAUCGCGCUCUCAACCACGCCAAUCCUCUAAAGAUUCCUCCAAUUUGGUCCCCUUAGAUUCGUCCAAAAAAAAGCCAGGUCGCAAAUCGCAAAUCAAGAAAUCUCGUCUCUUACCUUUGACAUUCGGAAGUAGCUCUUGGUCGAGCUCCGAGAACGAGGACUACGAUGACAACGGUGACAACGGUGACUUUGAUGCCUGGGAGGAUUCCUCUUACCAAUUCAAUGAAGAUACCAAUGCUGACGGAAACAAGCGGAUUCCCAGGGUGAUGCAGUGUUAG